ACAGGAAAUUGUAAGAAGAUACGGAACUAUUUUGUUCUGUGUAGUAAAGUUGCACGCGACGCAUACUAAUUGAUUUUCAGACCCUCUGUGCCUCAAAUCAACACAAUGGCCGACCAGAAAGCAUCCAAGUACUACGCUGCCGAGGAGGAGGCGCAGAUGAAGAAGGCGCGCAAGACAGCCCACCCCACCAAAUACCGCGAGUCGCUCGCCCCAGGAACUGUCCUGAUCCUCCUCUCUGGCCGUUUCCGCGGCAAGCGCGUCGUGCUCCUACGCCAGCUCGAACAGGGCGUCCUCCUCAUCACCGGCCCCUUCAAGUCCAACGGCGUCCCAUUGCGUCGCGUCAACCACCGCUAUGUCAUCGCGACCUCGACCGUCGUCGAUAUCGCUGGCCUGGACGAGGAAGUCGUCGCACGCGUCAGCAAGGACGAGUACUGGGCGCGCGAGAAGAAGGACGGUAAGGGCGAGGACGACUUCUUCAAGGACGGCGAGACACCCACAAAGAAGGAGACGGAUCCUCAGCGGAUAGAAGACCAGAAGAAGGUGGAUAAGGCGCUUAUGGCUAAUAUCAAGAAGACUCCUGAUCUGGAGUCUUACCUGGGUGCUAGCUUCGCUUUGAGGAGCAGCGAUAGGCCACAUGAGAUGGUCUUUUAGGCGUUAGCACGAGAACGCGACGUGAACGAAGCAAGGACGAGACGAGACGAGGUCGAGACGAAAACG